AUGUCCAACUCGACUCCUAAUUUGGGCCACCUCUACUCACACUUACCUCGACAUCACACAAAUCAAACUUUAAUUGCCGAACCUGAAGAAUAUGACCAAUAUAUAUCCGACGAUUCACAGAUACAGCAGUUGUUUCCUGACACAGUCCAAUCCAUGCCAUGUUCGCCUAGAGUCAAUGAACUCCUUGAGGAUCAAUGUGUCAUCGACCCCAGCUUUACUAAUUCUGAACAUUUUGGACACAUUUACCAACCAAAUACAAAUCUCAACAUAUAUGAGUUCUACGAAUGUCAGCUAAAUAAACAGCUAACAAAGUUGAGUAUGCUUCACGCUCAACAAUUAAAUAUUCAGGUUUUGUUAGAGCGUGAAUGGCUGAAAUUGCACAAGCUGAAUUGUUUGAAAAUGGCUAAGUAUGGAUAUAACGAUAUUAAAAAAUCCGAAAACUAUGACCAAUCUCAAUAUUCAUUUAUUGAAAAUAUAAAUAAUGCAAGACAUGUACAUUCAACAAGUAGCACCAAUACAAUACCAGUUCAUUCACCUGAAAUGCGUAAUAUGAAUUCAUUUAGGCAUCAUAAUGAUUUACUUUAUUUAAGUAAAAAUUUCAAAUCUGCUGAAUGUGGACUAAAUAAUUUAGAUGGUGGUGAUAACCAAGUAUUUAAUAUUGAUACCUAUAAUGAUAAUGUUUUAGCAAGAAUGCAAGAACGAAGUCGUAAUAGUGCAGAUGAAGGAACAUUCAACUUGAAUUCAAAUUACCGCAUGAUUUCACCAAAUUAUACAAUGAAAGAUAGAAAACCUGUACAUAAUUUAAAUUCAACUAUACUUUAUAAUAGAGAUCAUCUCUACUCACAAGAAUUACUGAAUCGUUUAAUUCAAAGUUCACAGUCAAACGGUUACACAAAUUAUACACCAGUUUUUAACAAACCGUCACAUAAAUUAUCGACCAAAAAUAAUUAUCAUUUUUCGGAAUUAAAUAAUCAACAAAUUAUCAAAAAACCAAGUGUACCAAAAAGUGGUUCACCAUCGAAAGGAAGUUAUUUAACUUCUUCCGAAAUUGAAAUUCACUUACCAAGAGAAUAUCAAUCUUUUCAAUCAAAUCAACAUUCAAAGAAUUCAUUUCAACCUACUAUAAAUUCUAAUAAUAUCGGUAUAAACAAUCAAAAUUCAACAAAAACAUUUUCGGAGAACCAAAAUUUGAAACAAUCCAAAUUGAAUAAAUGUUCAGGUUCUGAUCGAUUAUCUUCAAAGAAAUAUUUAAAAUCUGAUUGUAGAAAGAAACUUUUAUUAAAUCGAGAUGAUUCGAAACUACCAAUAAAUAGAUCUAAAAGUCCACCACAAAUGUUUAUAUUACGUAAAAGUGCAUCACAACCUUGUAUUUACAAAAAUGAUAUAAAUAAGGAAGAAAUUAACAGGUUGAGUCCCCCUCAAAAAUAUCCUCUUAUCAAACAGAGUAGUGAAUUGAAUGCAAACAAAUCAUCAACUGAAUCAAUUGAUAGAGAAAUUUUGGAUAUUGAUUAUAAGGCUUCAACAUCGUUAUGGUAUGAUCACAAUGAUAAUAAUAGUAAUGUGAAGAAAAAUACUUUUAAUGGUCUUGUUAAUCAUGGUAAUGAUCAACACUGUUUACAAGAUACUAGUCAAUUAUUACCAUCAUAUCCUCGUAUAAUAAAACAAGUUUCUAAAUUGCCUAAACAUAUUGAAGUGGAUAAAGAAAAAGAUUAUGAAUAUAGUUCAAAUUCAACAAGUCAGUCAAGUACUUCAAAUAUCACAAAUAAUCAUAUAAAAACUAAACAUAAAUCUAUGACGAAUUAUCAAUAUAAUGAUAAUAAAUUAAAAGUUAUUCAUGCAACUGAUAAUACAAAUAGUGUGAAGAAGCCGAUAUAUGAACAAAAUGAAACUAGUUAUAAUAACGUACAUAUAUCAAGAGAAUGUAAACAAAAUAAUAUUAUUGAUCACAAUGAUUCCUCCAUCUUAUCAAACUCUUUGUCUACGCUAAAAUUGUCGAAUGGAACUGCAAAUCAACAAAACCGAAUCAUAAGUAGCAACUGCACUACUGCUAUGAUAAAGACUAAUAAUAAUAGUAAUAAUAAUGGUGAUUUGAAUAAAUUUAUAAAGCAUACAUCCGAUGAUCAGUUGAAUAAUUAUGAGUUAGAUUUAACAAAUGACUCUGGUAUAUCAUCUGUGAAUAAAGAUUCGAUAAUACCAAGUGGUGUAAUCUGUUUACAUAAAGAAAUUAAUCAUAUGGUAUUUGGUCCUUCUCGCAAUCCACUCAAUAAUGCUGUGUUGAAUUUCACAAUUAGUGAACGAAUAAAUACACCAACGUGGUUAGCUUUAUGCACGGAUGAAAUGAAAGUUUAUGUCUAUGAUUUAUGGACCCAUAGUUGUUUAACAGAAUUUAUGAAUCAUGCUAUUUCAUCAACGAGUCCUGUAAUACAUCUAUUCUCAUUGAAUCCACUAGAAUAUUCUGAUAAUUCAAAAGCACAUGUUGGAUUUCUAUGUGUUGUUCAAAAGAAUGGAAUUUUAACACUAUAUAACAUAGCUACUCGAAAUAUGAUUUCAAGAACAAUAUUGGAAUGUGAAGUAUAUUGUGCUAGUUUAAUUCCAUGUCAAGGUAAACUAGAUCAAUAUUUACCUCAAUCUAUAUUCAGUAUUGAUACAUAUGGUUCAUUAACUAUUUCUCAAUGGAAAAUUAUAACAAAUAAUAAAGAUACAGUUCUCAAUGAACCUACAUUAUGCGAUGAAACAUUAGAAAUUGGAACAAACAUUUUUAAAGAGAUAUCACGUAAAGGAAAACAUGGAGAUUUUAAAUAUUGUACAUAUAUUCACGACAACUUUCGUUCACAACCCAAUGGUGAAUUAAAAUUAAAUAAAACAAACUCAAAUAUUGAUAAUUCACAAAUGUAUUCAUUCAAUGAUAUAAAUCCAUGUGAAUUUAGUUUUAUUACUGCAGCUUAUGAAUGUACAAGAAGAAAAAUUCUACGUUUAACAAAUUGGAUUUGUAAAAGUAAAGGUUUACGUAAUACUGUAUCAUAUAAUAAAAUUUUAUCAAAUGAUCCUAAUUCUAAUUUAAUUGAUAUGACAGUUGUUGAAAGUGGAUGUUCUGGUAGUUUAUGUAUGUGUUUUACAAAUGAAAUAUUUUGGCUUAGUUUACAUACAUUUGAUAUAUUAUCCAAAUUUAAAUUACCUACAUUUAUGCAACCAAUUAAUUGUUUAUCAAAAUCAUGGCCACAACCAGCUGAUUUAAAUCAAUCUCAGCAUAGACGUACAUGGAUAUCUGUAAAUAGAAAUCGUUUAUUAGAAAUUUCUCCAUUUGAAAGUCAACGUCGAUUAGAUACAAAAGGUAGAAGUUGUCUAUUAGUUUGCCCUGUACUAUCAACUGAUUCACAGAUUACAACUGUUUCAUCGGGUUUAGGUAUUACACCCAUUAUUGCAACAGCGUUAGAAAAUGGUGAAAUUCAUCUAACACAUAUCCCUGAAUCUUGUUUUAGUUGUAUGGUUGAAUUUUGUUCUCUUGGUUUUAUCAAUAAAAAUGAAUUAGUGAAUCAUGUUGUACAAGAUCAUUAUUUAGGCGAAUCAACCGAUGAAUUUCGAUGUAAUUGGGCUUCAUGUGAUCUAUAUCUUCCGUUGAAUUGUUCACAAUUUAAUAAAGAGAUAUUAGAAGAUCAUGCUCAUCAACAUGUAUAUUCAUAA